UUUCAGAAACCAAGGUUGGACUUUGUUUCCUGUGUCAGUUUGAGUCCCACCUGUUAGUCCAGGAAAUGCAGGUCUGGUCAGCAGCACCAUCCACGGCAGGAACUGUCACGCAAGUGACAACACUAUAAUGAUUGCUUCCUGGAAAAUAUGGUUUGGCCUCAUGUCCAUUUGUUUACUACAAUGCAGAGUGGUGUCACAGAAGGUCCAACUGGAGCCUCUGAGCUCAACGGCGCUGCGAGAUUCUGAUGUCCAGUUCAUCGCCACCAUUCAGGGAGACUGGGAGGUCACAAACUGGGGUGUCGGAGGGAUUCAAGUCCUCACAAUUAUCAACUCAACAAAUAGCAUAAUCCCAUCGGUGGACAGAUUUUCUGCCAGAUUCUGCGUCAGUACCAACAGAAAUUGUGUGGAGUUUAUCAUCCAUAAUGUCACCCGUGCUGAUGCUGGGGAAGUUGUGUGUAAUGUACAAGGUCAUCAACCAGUGACAGCCCAGCUUUUUGUACAAGAGAGUGGAACAGUCAGCAUCCCAGGUGGGAAUGUGACGGUGAUGCAGGGCGGGGAGGUGGAGUUGGAGUGCGUAACGACUGCUUGGUUCCCCGCUCCAACCAUCAGCUGGACCCAAAACGGUCGGGCUGUGAACAGCAGCCUCUACAACACCACCAGCACACCAGAUGGGGAUUCCUUCAACUCCACCAGUACAGUCCGGCUCACGGCCAGCAGGAACGCAAGAGUGGACUGUUUGGCUUCUCUCUCAACGCUCACCGCUCCACGGUCCAGCUCUGUAUACAUCGAGAUUGUUCCCAAACCUCCAGACUGGACAGUGCUGAUAGCCGUAGUUGUGUCGUUUGGAAGUUGUGGUUUGUUGGGUUUUCUCAUCCUCGUAAUCGUGAUCUGCUACAAACACAGGAAAGAAAAAAAACGAAAUUACCAAGAUGAAAUGAGGAGAGUGACAACACACAACCAGCUAAGUGUCAUCGACACAUCUGAACAGGUAAGGGGUCAGGUAAAUGAGUACUACGAGCCGGAGAAUCAGAGAAACGACACAAGCGACUGGACUGAGUCCGGCUUCCUGAAACACAGACAUAUGACCUUUGUGUGAUGACACACAGAGGAUGGAGAGCGCUAUGGACAUUUGACAGACUUUUCAAAGGAACUUUAAAGUUUUUCAGCUGUUUUGUCCAAAGUCUGGAGAGAGUAAAUGUUAAAGAGCGAAGACUGAUGGAUAAUUUGCAACACUGAUAAAAAAAAUAAAUACUUUUUUUUUUAAAAAUGUUAAUAGAGGAGCAAAAUUUGUGAUGACCUCCUGAAAGUGGAAUGUCAGAGUGAACAGAAGUUUGUAAAGAGACAGAGGACCAAUUUCAAGGCAUUCAAUUAUGAAGUCAAAUUUCCUUUAAGUCAUAUUUGAGACAUAUAGCAUUUUUUAUUGUGCUAUAAAAGGCUCCUGAUGUGACUGGAAAACACAUAACACUGAAGAAAUCCUCAGAGCGGUGGGAGACUACCAGCUGGUCAGACUGUUUUAGCUACUUUUAGCUGAAGAAACAGCAACAAAACUUAACAGUCUCUUGUGAAUGCGUAGACAUUUAAUAUAUACCAUUGUUUCCCAAAGAUAAAAACAUUUUCGGUUUGAGUCGUGUAGAUUUGCUAACAUCAACUGAAACCAAAGUGUGUGUGUAAAAAAUCCAAACUAUUUAAUAAGAAGAAUAACCAGUUGUUUCUUUAAGUGUGGGAAAAUUUCUGACAUAUGCUUUCAUGAAUAAAUUACUUUUGUUGUUAACACAGAAUGUUUUUUGUUUCCUUCUGUAAUCAGUGUCUGCAACUGUUUCCUUGAAAUAGUUUUGUCCUCAGUAUUUUCUGUUUUUACAUGCCAGCAAAAAAUAUUAACAAAUCUCACUUUCAUUUAGAAAAUCGUUGUAGAAAUCUCCUUAAAAAAGAAUAAUCUGUUAGAUAUUUGUCAAAGAAAUGUGUUAUAGUUUAAAGAUUUAAAGAUCUUGUUAACCAGGAAACACAAUUUCUGUACUUUACGAACAUGACACCAUAUCUUAUGUAUUGCGUGGAAAAACAGUAGUGAACAAAGGAAAAUCACCUGUACUCUUUGACUUUGCAUUGUUGACUUUUUAUUUUUCUGUAACGGUGCUUUAAUUGCCAAUUUUGUGCCUUAGUUUUCAUAUUUAUUUAUUGUGUCCUUGAAUAUCUUGAAAGAGGCCUAUGGAUAAGUGUACUAAAACAUUUUUGCUUGAAAGUUGAAAAGAAAUUUUAAAUAAUAUAAAGUUUUUACUGUUUUCUAAAUAUAAACUUUCAUGACUCAUGAAGUCAUGAAGUCAUAAGUCAUGGCUUCAUGACUUAUGAAGUUAUUUAAAGACAGAGCAGUCAUUAUCAGUAUGGGUGCCAGAGGUUUUGCAUCCUUCAGUAAAAACCCUUCCAGUCUGAGAAACACAACAUAAAUCUGAUUGCCUUCUGUCUUUAUGUCUCAAAACUGGAAAUGACAUCAGUGCCAGUAUUGUCUUCUCCCAGGUUGACUCGUUUGCAUGAGACAAAUGGUGUUUAUACAAAAAGGUCCUCUUUAGUUUGUGUUUUGUAUUCUGUGACCAUUCUUUGUAUAACUUUAAAUGCCUGGCUGUUUUUGGUGAGAGUCUGUAGUUAUGUGAUUGCGUGAGUUGUAAAAAAAAAAAAAUCACAGUGUUGAAAUUCGGACAUGUUAAGAGAAACUCUCGAGUCCUUGUGCACUUUGAUAAUUAUGUUAGUAGCAUAACAAAAAGGGAUAGUUCAGGAUUGUUGAAGUGAAGUUAUUCCCUUUUACAUUCUCUUAGAUAAUUGCUCUGAUAGAAAAAAUAAGUACAUGUUCUGUUCUCAGUAUGCUUUUCAUACAGGAAGAUAAUUGGUGAUGCACUGCCUCCUACAGUCAUUUCCCUGUUCUUGGCUACAAGAAGUUUUUACUUUUAUCUGUCAGCUUCCACUGUCACCACGUCAGAAUUUGUAAAACAAGCCAAACAUGCAGCAGAUGAUUGGACAGACGGCUGCUCCUCAGACAGAAGAGCUCUGCUCAUUGGAUUGUUGCAGACGUGCUGCGGGCUGCAGGGGGCUCUGCAGACUAUAAAAGCAUCCACUGCACACAGAUGGAAGCACAGAGGGAAUCUACAGCAGCUGUAUCGUCUGCUGGCCCGAGCGCAUCGCACACAGCUGGAAUCCUCGCCGAGAGACGCAGCUCGACCAUGAGUGAGAGAAAAACACCCGGAGCAAUGACUGGAAACACCAAGCCAUCUGCUGGCCACGAUGGAAAGAAAAACAACGCCCCCCAGGACUUUGACAUCGACAUGGACGACCCAGAGACGCAGAGGGCCGCAGUGGCUAUCCAGUCUCAGUUCAGAAAAUUCCAGAAAAAGAAGCAGGAUGUGAAGUCAUAGAGCAAACGUCGUCAGACUCGUCGCUCUCCUGAUAUGGUCUCGGUUUUGCAUGUCGAUCAAACUGCUGCACUGUCCAGAGCUGCGAGGAGAAAAGGCUGAGGGAAAAUAUUACUGUAAAAGUCUGUAGAUUUGACAAACACUAAAACAUCUGAUAUAAGCAUUGGGUUGGUCAGUUUUUGUUUAGCCGUAGAACUUCUGAAUGGGUCAUUUUUGUUGAGUCUUAUAGGAUCGUGUGAGACGCAAAUUUACACGUGGCAAAUAAUUGGAAAUAAAAGUUUGUCUUUCAAGGAGAACAGAAAGUCGCUGGCAGUUCAGAUUAUUUAUGAUUUAAUAAAGAGCUCCACUGAAUGUCUGAGUAGCUAUAACUAUGAACAGCUUCAGCUUUUACUUUCACGCUGCUGUGUUGUUCUGCCGUGUUUCUGCUGUCCCUUUAACAUCAACCCCUCACAGCUGUGUGAAACACUGUGUGCGUAAUAAUUCCUGUUGUGUGUUGCUGUGUUUUGCUGCUACGACAUAAUUGAUUUGAUGUUCCUGUAGUUUUCUUGUAUAUGUUUAGUUUACAAACCCACAGCACGCGAGCUUGCACACAUGCAUACAAGAAGAAGAAGAAGAAAAAAAAUCACUAAUAAAGAAAUUUAAAAA